AUGAGUGCUAACGCAGCAAAUGCCUCACCCUCGGCGGGGACUGAGGUCCGCGUCUUUGGCGUCACUAUCCAGCAGAAACACAUGACAGCUGCGCUCAACUUUGCAAGAAUCUUCUCGUAUGCGACAACAUGGGACAAAUUCGUGUUGAUUCUAUCAAUGACGGCAGCCGCAGCGUCCGGCUUGUCAAUGCCAUUACUAUUCCUGCUCUUCGGUAAAUUGACGGAGGAGUUCACGGGUUUCUUCCGCCAGGGCGCCGACGAGACUGAAGCAGUCUUCACCAGCACGGUCAACAAAUAUGUUCUGUACAUAGUUUACAUCUUUUUUGCCAAGAUGUGCUUAUUGUACGUUGCCAAUCUCGGGUUCCGGACCACAAGUCUCCGGAUAUCAUCCGCUAUCAGACUUGCCUAUCUCAAUGCUCUCUUUCAAUUGCCUAUUUCAACACUGGAUAUGAUCCCGCCGGGGCAAACAGCCGCCAUCGUCACCAUGACGGCUAAUUCCCUUCAGUCUGGGAUCUCAGAGAAGUUGGGUCAUCUCUGCUCCAGUCUGUCAGUCGUAGUCAUCGGAGUAGUAUUAUCUUUGAUGUACGACUGGGCGCUUACCAUAGUCGUUGGUUUGGGUUUGGUCAUGGUGGUGUUCGUGUAUACGUUUGCCACAGGUGCUGUCUCUACCAAGAUGGCCGAUAUACAGAACAUUGACAUCCAGGCUGCUUCCGUUGCCACUGACGCUCUCACUUCAAUGAGAAUGCUGGCAGCAUGCGGGGCAGAAUCAAAGAUGUUGGAUCGGUACUCGGAGGUUGUAGACAAGACACGACGAAUCGGUGCUCAGAUGGCAUGUUUGUUAGGUGUGCAGCAUGGAAUCACGCAAUUAAUCACGAACAUAACUUUCGCCUUCGCAUUCUGGGUCGCUCUGGAAAUGUAUCAAUAUCAGCUUCUCGGGGGAAGUGGCCCCCAAUCAUUGAUAGUGGUACUUCUUUGUGUGAUGACAAUUGCCUCUUCCGUCGGUCAAAUUACCGGCCCCUUGACCGCUGCCUCACAAGCUGCCGAAGCAUGCGCAAUUUUCCACACCAUCAUCGACGCACCAAGGACCACCUAUGGCAAAGAUGUAAUCGAAGAUGCCGGUGCUGAAGAUGUUGUUCUACACAAUGUUCAUUUCACUUAUGCAUCUCGGCCUGACGUUAAGAUUUUGGAUGAUCUUUGCCUUCGAUUUCCUGCGGGUAAGGUAACUGCCAUCGUGGGUCCAUCUGGCUCCGGGAAGAGCACUAUCGUGGGAAUAUUACAAAGAUGGUAUGAGUUCAAUGGAGACCCAGUUACAAAUCCCAUGGUCCUGUGGCUUCGAAACGGAAUUGUUGCCAUUGGUAAACGACUGUUGUCAGAGCUUGAUAUCAAGUGGUGGCGGAAUCAGAUCGGCCUAGUUCAACAGGACAACGUACUCUUCAACACAACAAUCUACAAGAACGUCGAGUACGGUCUGAUUGGCACUCAGUGGGAAGACUCGAGUGACCACAAGAAGGCUAUGAUGAUUCGAGCUGCUUGCCAAGAUGCAUUUGCAGAUGAGUUCAUCUCGCGGCUUCCUGACGGAUAUGAUACUAUGGUCGGGCAAUCUGGCCUCAAACUCAGUGGUGGCCAGCGCCAGCGCAUAGCGAUUGCUCGUGCCAUUGUCAAGCAGCCCAAGAUCCUCAUACUUGACGAGGCAACUUCCGCAAUCGAUGUUCACAGCGAGCAGAUAGUACAGCAAGCUCUGGAUCGUGCGAGUCAAGGGCGUACAACGAUAGUAAUAGCACACCGCCUUGGAACCAUCAAGAAGGCUGACAAUAUUGUCGUUCUGCGCGGUGGCCGCGUCAUCCAACAGGGAACCCACCAAGAGCUGAUGAGUCAGAUUGGCGAAGGCUAUCAUGCUCUUGCUACGGCCCAGACCGUCACCACGGGGGACUCCGUGGCCGGUGACGAUGCUCUGGUGAAAGACCAUGGAACAUUUCCCUCACCCAUGGGACAGCCCGACGAUGUAGCCGAUGCUUUUUAUUUCGAGGAGAAGACAACCGAUCGAAGACCUGGAUUCAAACACGAGAUGGAGAGUGACCCAGGAGAUGACUUCAGCGACGACGAUGGCUCUGAUGGCACUCUUCUUGGCGAUGCAGACAUUGAAGAGGGUUCACGUCCAAUUGUGAUAAAAAUGCCGGAGAGUAGUCGGCUUGGCAGCUUCGGCACCUUGCUGUAUGAGCAGCGAUCCAGAUGGGUACCAUAUACGUUGGUAGUACUCGCGGCUUUGGGCGCAGGUUCAAGCACGCCAUUCCAGGCCUUCAUUUUCGCCAAGCUCAUAUCCCUAUUUUCUAUGUGGGGAUACAGCUUGUCGGUGCUCACCAAUUACUGGUGUAGGAUUUUCGUCUACCUUGCUGUUGGUGCCAGUCUGAGCCACCUUGUACUCGUCUGGUCGACCACCUCGGUUGGUUUCGCAAUUACUCGCGCAUAUCGUAAGGAAUACUUCGGUAAUAUCCUGAACAAACCCAUGUCCUUCUUUGACGACAGCCAAGAGAACUCGAUAGGCGCUCUGGUAGGCCGUCUUGCGGCGGACCCCUUCCAUCUGCAACAACUGCUAGGAGCCAACAUGGCGGCCAUGCUCGUCUCAUUUAUCAACGUUUUAGGCUGCGUCGUCAUAUCUUUGGCCUUCGGGUGGAAGCUUGCCCUGGCAGCAUUUGCCACUUCGAUGCCCGUCAUCAUCUUCGCCACCGUCUACCGUAUCCGCCAUGAGCGGAAAUUGGAUGCAAUGGGCGCCGCGGUGUUCGGGGAGAGCGCAACAUUUGCAGCUGAGAGUAUAGCGGCAAUGCGCACCGUGUCAAGCCUGACGAUGGAGGCGAGCGUUUGCAAACGUUAUGAUGACGUUCUCCGCAAGCACGUGAAGGAUGCUUUUCGUGAGGGUGUCUUCUCCGUAUGGCUGUUCUCAUUUAGCGACAGUAUUGCGCUACUUUGCAUGGCGUUCGUGCUCUGGUUGGGAACACGACUCUUGGCGACACAUGAGUAUACCCCGUUUCAAUACGUUCUUGUGUAUAAUGCCGUCGUACAAGGUGCUUUAGCUACUGGAACAUGGCUCAGCUUCGGACCGAACAUUGCAGCUGCGACAGCUGCGGCCGACCGUGUGCUGGCAGCUCGAGAAGACCAUGACGAUGAUGAGUUUUCCACUUUCAAUGCAACCAGCGGCCAUGAUGAAGCCAUCGAUGAUGAUUCAGAAAAGGGAAUUGCUCUUGACUUUAAGAAUGUUUGGUUCAGCUACCCGACAAGACCAGAAGUCCCGGUGUUGAAGGGCUUGGAUCUACAGGUCAGGAAAGGAGAGGUAGCAGCGAUCGUGGGAUCUUCUGGAUCAGGUAAAACCACGGUCAUUUCGCUCAUCGAGCGAUUUUACAAGGCCCAGUCUGGCAACGUGCGAUAUGAUGGGCGAUCUAUUGACGACAUAGAUCUGGCGUCUUACCGCUCGAACUUGUCUCUAGUAGCGCAGGAACCGUGUCUAUUCAGCGGCUCUAUUCGCGAAAACAUCAUGUUCGGGAUUGACCGGCACGAGCCAAGAUAUGAGGAUGAGAUGGCUGACGAGGAACGUGUGAAGAUCGCGGCCCGCGCUGCUGGCAUACACGAUUUCGUGGUCUCGCUGCCCGAGGGCUACGAGACUGACAUAGGCACGGCAGGUGUUGCAUUGUCAGGGGGUCAGAAACAACGCGUUUCCAUCGCACGCGCUCUCAUCCGUAACCCCAACGUGCUUCUCUUAGACGAAGCAACUAGCAGCCUGGACAGCGAGACGGAACGGAUGAUCCAGGAAGUGUUUGAUGCUGAAAGAGGAAAGAGGACUGUUCUUAUGGUGGCACAUCGGCUGGCGACUGUGCAAAACGCCGAUGUUAUCUUUGUGAUGAAAGAUGGCGCUGUCGUGGAGAAGGGGAAUCACACAAGCUUGCUUUCCAAGCGGGGAUUGUACUACCAGAUGUGCCAGUCGCAGGCUUUAGACAAGUGA